AUGUAUGGAAGUGCAAGAACAAUCACCAAUCUGGAAGGUAGUCCUUCCAGAUCUCCUCGUUUGCCAAGGUCUCCUCGUUUGGGCCACAGAAGAACAAGCAGUGGGGGAGGUGGAGGAACAGGCAAGACACUGUCCAUGGAGAACAUCCAGUCCCUUAAUGCAGCCUAUGCUACGUCUGGACCUAUGUACCUGAGUGAUCAUGAAGGGGUGGCUUCGACAACUUACCCAAAGGGCACCAUGACUCUGGGAAGGGCCACAAAUCGAGCUGUAUAUGGAGGCCGAGUCACAGCCAUGGGGAGUAGUCCCAAUAUUGCUUCUGCUGGACUUUCCCACACAGAUGUUCUUUCAUACACGGAUCAACAUGGUGGUCUGACUAGCUCAUCCCAUCAUCACCACCAUCAGGUCCCUUCCAUGUUGAGGCAGGUAAGGGACAGCACAAUGUUAGACCUUCAAGCUCAGCUCAAGGAACUUCAGAGAGAGAAUGACCUCCUCCGGAAAGAACUAGACAUCAAAGACAGCAAGUUAGGAUCUUCCAUGAACAGUAUCAAGACCUUCUGGAGUCCUGAGCUCAAAAAGGAGAGAGUCUUGAGGAAAGAAGAGGCAGCCCGAAUGUCCGUUCUCAAGGAACAGAUGAGGGUGUCCCAUGAAGAAAAUCAGUUACUGGAUGCCAGAAGAACCAAGCACCUGCAGUUGACAAUCCAAGCCCUUCAGGAUGAACUUCGGACCCAGAGAGACCUCAAUCACCUCCUACAGCAAGAGAGUGGCAACCGUGGAGCUGAGCACUUCACCAUUGAGCUGACUGAGGAGAACUUCCGACGGCUCCAAGCUGAACAUGACAGACAAGCUAAAGAGCUGUUCCUUUUAAGGAAGACCUUGGAGGAAAUGGAGCUGAGAAUUGAAACACAGAAACAGACCCUCAAUGCCCGAGACGAGUCGAUUAAAAAGCUUCUCGAGAUGUUGCAAAGUAAAGGGUUGCCUUCUAAAAGUCUCGAGGAUGACAAUGAACGAACACGACGGAUGGCAGAGGCUGAGUCUCAAGUCAGUCACUUAGAAGUGAUUUUAGACCAGAAGGAGAAGGAAAACAUACAUCUUAGAGAGGAAUUGCACCGAAGGAGCCAACUUCAGCCGGAGCCAGCCAAGACGAAGGCUCUCCAGACUGUCAUUGAAAUGAAGGAAGCUCCAAGUUUUAAUUUUGAUCCCGAUUUGCUCUGGCAGGACACAAAAAUUGCUUCAUUGGAGCGAAACAUAAGGGAUCUGGAGGAUGAGAUCCAGAUGUUAAAAGCCAACGGUGUGCUGAACACUGAGGACCGUGAAGAAGAGAUCAAACAAAUAGAGGUUUACAAAAGUCACUCCAAGUUCAUGAAAACCAAGAUUGAUCAGCUGAAGCAGGAGCUUUCAAAGAAGGAGUCAGAACUUCUUGCCUUACAAACAAAGCUUGAAACCCUUAGCAAUCAAAAUUCAGAUUGCAAGCAACACAUUGAAGUGCUUAAAGAGUCGCUUACUGCCAAAGAACAGAGGGCUGCCAUCCUUCAGACCGAGGUAGAUGCGCUGAGGUUACGACUGGAGGAGAAAGAAUCUUUUCUCAAUAAAAAAACAAAGCAGCUGCAGGACCUCACGGAAGAGAAGGGGACACUGGCUGGAGAGAUUCGAGACAUGAAGGAUAUGUUAGAAGUGAAGGAAAGAAAAAUCAAUGUUCUUCAGAAGAAGAUUGAAAACUUACAAGAACAACUUAGGGAUAAAGACAAACAACUAACCAAUUUGAAAGACAGAGUGAAGUCCUUGCAGACGGAUUCCAGUAAUACAGAUACUGCGCUAGCAACACUCGAAGAGGCUCUGUCAGAAAAGGAGAGAAUAAUUGAGCGUUUGAAAGAACAGCGGGAGAGAGAUGAUCGGGAAAGACUAGAAGAGAUAGAAUCUUUCCGAAAAGAGAACAAAGAUCUGAAAGAGAAGGUCAAUGCUUUACAAGCCGAACUGACUGAAAAAGAGUCUAGUUUAAUUGACCUCAAGGAACAUGCAUCUUCAUUAGCCUCAGCAGGGCUGAAAAGGGACUCCAAAUUAAAAUCUCUAGAAAUAGCCAUUGAACAAAAGAAAGAAGAAUGUAGCAAAUUGGAAGCACAGUUAAAAAAGCAAGCUGAGCAGUUGUUCAAUCAGAUGUACAACCCAGCUCAUAAUAUUGAAGAUGACUCCAGGAUGAACCCAGAGUUUGCAGACCGAAUAAAACAACUUGAUAAAGAGGCCUCUUACUACCGUGAUGAGUGCGGCAAGGCCCAAGCGGAAGUUGACCGGUUGCUGGAGAUCCUCAAGGAGGUGGAGAAUGAAAAGAAUGACAAGGACAAGAAGAUUGCAGAACUUGAGAGCUUGACUCUCAGGCAUAUGAAGGAUCAGAAUAAGAAGGUGGCCAACCUCAAGCACAACCAACAGUUGGAAAAGAAGAAAAAUGCCCAAUUACUGGAAGAAGUCCGCAGGCGAGAAGAUAGCAUGGCUGACAACUCACAACACUUGCAGAUAGAGGAACUGAUGAGUGCAUUGGAGAAGACCAGACAGGAACUGGAUGCCACCAAGGCACGCCUGGCCUCCACACAGCAGUCUUUAGCUGAAAAAGAAGCCCAUUUGGCCAACCUCCGGAUAGAAAGGAGAAAACAGCUGGAGGAGAUCCUGGAGAUGAAACAGGAAGCUCUGCUUGCGGCAAUCAGUGAAAAAGAUGCAAAUAUUGCCUUGCUGGAAUUAUCUGCUUCCAAAAAGAAAAAGACACAGGAAGAAGUUAUGGCCCUGAAGCGGGAAAAAGAUCGACUCGUGCAUCAGUUAAAGCAGCAGGUAUAUAGACCUAAGAAACAGCCCCUGAGCUCGAAUAUACCAUGCACUUGUGAUGCUGGCUACAGCCCAGAUAUUACGGCCAAGUACCACGGGUCCAGCUACGAUGCAUACAUGAUCCAAAGGUCUCAGACCCAGAAUAGAAUGAAGCUGAUGGCGGACAACUAUGAUGAGGACCACCACCAUUACCACCACCACCACCACCACCACCACCACCGAUCUCCUGGGAGGUCGCAACAUUCCAAUCACAGGCCCUCUCCCGACCAGCUAUCAGAAGAGCUAACUAAAGGGGAAAUGCAGCUCUGCAGCAAUGUUCUGAUAAUCUCUUGCAGCAUGGCUCACGUCACUGGCCAUCACCACCUGGAACGCGCAUCGGGACCGAAGAGGAACUUUUCAUUUUCAUUAUGGCGCACAGUUCUGUUCGACUUGAUAUUUCCUUUAUCGUCUCAUGUCAUUUCUCAUGGAUUCAGAUAUGUUGGGCAGGAAGAACGAGGAGGAGGAGGAACAUGA